AUGGCACCCUCCCCGAACAAUCCUGAGGACAUUAACAAUUCUCCGGGCGAUAGCCUAAACUGGCCCGAUAUCGUGGAUUUUGGGCAGGAGUCGACGAAUGACCCCCAAUUAUCAACAGCUACCCCUAGGCAUGAUCGAGAUUCUCCUGAGCAAGAGCAGAAAGUACCCGUUACAGGACCAGCUGCUCGUGCGCCCAAAAAAGCCCAAAAGCGAAUAUUCAGUGAAACAGAUACUCAAGAAGAGCCGCGUGACGACUCAAAGAAGCACAAAUUAAACAUCGAUCAGGAUGUUAAUGUGUACAACAUUAGACAGCACGUGGAGACGGCCUUGAAGGUGGAAAGGUUACGUGCUAGGAAAAAAGAGGAACGACGCCGGAAAAAACCCACAGAUGUAAAAGAGCAUACGGAAUAUAAGAAUACAGAAGAUGAGGCUACAGAAGAUGAGCUGGAGUCAGAAGACGAGCUACAAGAAAACAAUCGACAAGAAGACCUGUCAGAGUGGGGGGUGUUGGGUGUGGGGCCGCCGAAGUCGGAUGAGCUCGAGGCUAUUGAGGAGUGGCACAAGAAGAGGAUUGAAUCGGAUAGGAUCGCGAGGGACGAACGGAGGAAGAAGAGCGAGGAGGAGGAGAACAAGGCGAAGGAGGGGGGCGAGGACAAGGACAAGGACAAGGAGAAGAAGAAGGAGAAGAAGAAGAAGGAACCACGAACAAUUGAGGCAUGCAACCAUUGCAAGGACAAAAAAAUUAAAUGCAGCGCCAAUAGAAAAAAGUGCAAACCGUGUAGGGAUGCAAAGAAGGAUUGUUUUUUUUCUCACCCUGCAUUGGGUGAACCGUGGAAACGGGAAUGGCCUGUACAUCGAUAUGGAGAGGUAGAAGCCGAGCGGGACUACUAUCGCAAAAAAGUAAAACAUCUUGAACUGCUUGUCGAUUUUCUACAACCGAGGGCUGUACUGGGCCCACGAGACAAACGCCAAAUUGACGAAUGGGAAACAAAGCAGGAAGCAGCGGACAUUGAGAGAAAAUGCGUCAUGGAGGAACGACGAACGAGCCGAAGGAAGUAUAAGCAAAAGUAUCUUGAGCGGAAAAAAGAGAAACUCGAGAAACUCGAGAAACCCAAACAAAAGGGAGGCGUAAUCGAAGAUCCCGCACAAGCAGGGACACAGAAAAGACAACUUAAUAAACAACACCUGCAGCGACAGCCGCCCAGUUCAGCAGAGAGGCCAGUUAUUAAUGACCCGAAUGAAACACAAGUUAGCCAUGUGCCGAGCUACACACAAAAUCCUUAUUCUAACUAUGCAGAACCGCCCAGUUUCUCCGAGCAAUGGUGGGCCCCAUUGCCUACUGACAGGAGCGAUGAUGAGCUCGACGCAGCACUUACAAACCCCGUCACACGAAGACGGCCACAGCGGCAGCCGCAGUCCCGGCCGCCGCGUGCAAGACCUAGUGGGCAACGGCCCGGGCAGGCUCGCCCCACGGUGCAAAGCAUUGAUUCUCAGGCAACACGGGACACGGGUAACCCACAUGUUCCCUCAUACCUAGAGUUCCAGCCGCAGCCGCAACAGCAGCCACCAUACGGACGAAGAGAGGGAGCACAGCCUGAGCAGACCUUUCAGACACCCUCACCACCGUUUGAUGAUCCUUCCCGGUCGUCCUUCUUGUGAAGGCGAUCCUCCUUUGAAAAAGGACAUUUUUUUAUUUUUUAUUUAUAUAUUUAUUAAUUUUGAACCUGGCUCCCACUGUGAUGAUGAUAAGAUCAUAAUACGCAAUUGGGGAAAAGAGCGUCGCCG